AUGGAGCCUAAAGUUGAUGAAGAAGCUGGGGUCAAAGAAGAGAAAGCACCACUCUUGAAAGCUCAAGAGUUUCCUGAAGUCGAAAGGAACAAUUGGAUACACAAGGCAAUAGGCCAGACAUUUCAGACCACAGCUCAUCUAGCUAACCAUUUACCUACAGGGACAGCUCUGGCUUACCAGGUCUUAUCGCCAGUUCUCACUAACGGUGGACGCUGCGAUUUAGCUAGCAGAUUCAUGACAGAAAUGCUGGUGUCCAUCUGCGCAUUCACUUGCUUCAUACUCAGCUUCACUGACUCUUACAGGGACUUGAAUGGAACUGUUUGCUAUGGAUUUGCCACUACCAACGGCCUCUGGAUAAUCGAUGGCAAAGCUGUUCUUCCUAAAGAACGUUCCAAAAGCUACAGACUACAGUUAAUAGACUUCGCACAUGCCAUUAUGACGUUACUAGUGUUUGGAGCUGUGGUUAUGUUUGAUCAUAAUGUAGUAAACUGUUUCUUCCCCGAACCAUUAGCAGAAGUAGCAGAGCUUCUCACAGCUUUGCCCGUGGCCGUAGGAGUCUUUUGCAGUAUGAUGUUCGCUGCAUUUCCUACUACACGCCAUGGUAUUGGUUUUCCACUCUCUGCUCACUGCUAAAUGAUGUUCUGGUUCUAAAUGUAACAUCUUCAAAACUUUUGUGUAAACUUUUUCCUAUUCCACUUGUUUGUUUCAGCUGUCUUCAUCUUAUCUUCCUUGUAUUUAGAUCUCCAAAUCUCUGAGAAGAGAUUCUGAAGCUUCUCCUACAAUCUUUUUAUCCAACGUGUGCCCUAUAA